AUGGGAUCAAUUACAUUAGGGGCCAAUGUUUCAGUGGCUGCUGGUCCAUUGGGAAGAAAUGCCGAAGGUGCAGGUACUGCUUCGUUGAAGAGUGCCUCUGCUGUAUUCGCAUAUUCCAAGACCAAGGGGUUGUUUGCAGGUGUAUCGUUGGAAGGUUCGGCGAUUGUUGAGAGAAGAGAGGCGAAUAGAAAAUUUUAUGGUAAUAAGUGUAAAGCCAGAACUAUUUUGGCGGGCAAUGUUGAACCACCACCGGCAUGUGACUCAUUGAUGAGAGUAUUAGAUUCUAAGGCUUUCAAUAACAGAUUGCCAUAUGAUGAAGAUGAUUUUUACAACGAUGAUUACUAUGAUGAUAUUCCAGAUGAAUUCUCUGACACUACCUCGGCCUCGGGAUCAAGAAGAGGUGUUGGGGUUGGACGUUCAAGAAGAUAUUCAGAUGACUAUGGAUAUUCCGAUGAUGAUUAUUCUGAUGAUGACGAUAGUUAUAGAAGAAGUGGAGCUGGUGGGGGGCGUAACAGACAACUGUCAAAUAGCAAUGGUAGACGCUCUGCAUGGGAAGAUGACAUUUAUGAUUCCACAGGUUCAAGUAGAAGACGAACUAACAGUGAUGUAGACAACCUAAAUUCGGCGUUCAGUAACACCCGUCUAUCAGGUAGUGGUCCAUCCAGGCCUCCAACAUCUAGUAAACCAAAUUUUGGGGGAGCUGCAAAGACGAAUGCCAAUCAAGCAAUUGCCUUAUAUACGUUUAAAGGAGAACAAAAUGGUGACUUACCAUUCAAAAAAGGUGAUGUUAUUGACAUCGUGAAGAAGUCGGAGACGUCUAAUGAUUGGUGGACUGGGAGAAACAAUGGUGCUGUUGGUAUAUUCCCUGCUAAUUACGUUGAAUUAAUUUAG